GGCCGCGGCGAGGGCGCCGAGGCCGGCGCGGGGAACCGUGAGACCCUGGCCUGCGACCCCGCGGCCGCCGCUGCCACCCGGGCCGCCCGGGCUGUGGGCGCGCAGAGCCGCCGCGGUGGCUCCGCAGCCACUGACAGCUUCUCGGCAGGUUCCGCUCGCGGCCGCCGACGCCCCCGCGGCCAGCGCCAGGCCAGGUGUGUCCGAGUCGGAGGGCUGUGGCCCGUAGAGCUUCUGUCCCGGCUCAGUUUACUGCUUUUACAGGUGUGAAAAAAAGAAAAAAGAAAAAAAAAAAGUACCCGGGGAAUCUGCACUCCUCGCUAACGAUGGCGAGCAUCUCCCUCACCCAAGGGAGCUCAAAAAUGAGAGGCGCCCGGCUGAUUUCUUAAUUAUACUCAUGCCAAGAGCUUUCAUUGUUGAGGUUCCUCAGUGCUGAACUAACAAGAGGGUACUUCCUUGAACAUAAUGAGGCCAAGUAUACAGAAAGAAGAGAAAGAGUGUAUACUUGUAUGCGAAUACCAAGAGAAUUGGAAAAGCUCAUGGUAUUUGGAAUCUUUCUGUGCUUGGAUGCGUUUCUGUAUGUGUUCACCCUGCUUCCUUUAAGAGUUUUCCUGGCACUAUUCAGGCUCUUCACUUUGCCUUGCUAUGGCUUAAGGGACAGACGGUUGCUUCAGCCUGCCCAGGUGUGCGACAUUUUGAAGGGCGUCAUUUUGGUCAUCUGCUAUUUUAUGAUGCACUAUGUUGAUUACUCCAUGAUGUAUCACCUGAUAAGGGGGCAGUCUGUCAUCAAGCUCUAUAUCAUCUACAACAUGCUAGAGGUAGCUGAUCGUCUGUUUUCAUCAUUUGGGCAAGAUAUAUUGGAUGCUCUCUAUUGGACAGCAACAGAGCCUAAAGAAAGAAAAAGAGCCCAUAUAGGGGUGAUUCCUCACUUUUUCAUGGCCGUUCUUUAUGUCUUUUUACAUGCGAUUCUUAUAAUGGUUCAAGCAACAACUCUCAAUGUAGCAUUUAAUUCACACAACAAGUCAUUGCUUACUAUCAUGAUGUCUAAUAAUUUUGUUGAAAUUAAAGGAAGUGUUUUCAAGAAGUUUGAAAAGAACAAUCUCUUUCAAAUGUCAAAUAGCGAUAUUAAGGAACGAUUCACAAAUUAUGUGCUUUUGCUAAUAGUAUGUCUAAGAAACAUGGAACAGUUUUCUUGGAAUCCAGAUCAUCUUUGGGUGUUGUUUCCAGACGUCUGUAUGGUGAUUGCAUCAGAAAUUGCUGUGGAUAUUGUAAAACAUGCCUUUAUCACCAAGUUCAAUGAUAUUACUGCAGAUGUCUACAGUGAAUAUAGAGCCAGCCUUGCUUUUGACCUUGUUAGCAGCCGACAGAAAAAUGCGUAUACUGAUUACAGCGACUCUGUUGCACGGAGGAUGGGGUUUAUUCCUCUCCCACUAGCUGUUUUACUCAUCAGAGUGGUAACAAGCUCAAUUAAAGUGCAAGGAAUCCUGUCUUAUGCCUGUGUCAUACUCUUCUAUUUUGGGUUGAUAUCCCUGAAAGUACUUAAUAGCAUUGUGCUCUUGGGAAAAUCGUGCCAAUAUGUGAAGGAAGCCAAAAUGGAAGAAAAGUUGUUUAAUCCUCCCCCAACCAGCACUCCCGGCAAACCAUCCAAUAAAUCACAAAACAAAUGUAAACCUUCUCAAGAAGAAAACCCGUCUGCUUCAGUCACUAGCCAGCCUACUCAUCAAAAGGAAAAUGUGAUACCAUUACUUGUGACAAGCAAUUCUGACCAGUUUCUGACAACUCCAGAUGGUGACGAGAAGGAUAUAACACAGGAAAAUUCUGAACUAAAACACAGAUCCUCAAAGAAAGAUUUGUUAGAGAUAGACAGGUUUACAAUUUGCGGAAACCGAAUUGACUGACUGAAUUCUGUGGCUGCAUGUGCUGAAGAUACUAAGCAGCAAAGCCUGUGUGGCCAGGGUGGACAGAUGCUAAAAAUGGCACUUAAAUAUUUAUUUAAAAACUUAAAUUAUUAAUGGCAAACAGAUAUUAGGGUCUUUCUUCCAGUAACGUGGUUUCGUUGAAAGUCAGAUCAAGAAUAGCAGUGACCUCCAGCCCGACUCUGGGAAACUUCUUGCGGAUUGUGGGAACUCCCUCCUCGUGGCAAAGCCACCACGUCGCUUCGGGAACCCAGCUGAAGGACCGUCCAUCACCUCUGCGUUGUCAGCCUGAGCUUCCAGAACGUCAAGUUUGCCUCAAGGCUUCUUCAGUAUAAGGAUAUACCUAGAAAACUGUGAAAUUCUUACCAUGACAUUACCUUUCCAGUCUCACUAUUUUCAUAGAUAGUUUUCAAACUUGACUUCAUUUGCCAAAAGCAUUAAAAAAAAUUCAUUAAACAUAAGUCAAGAUAAAUAUUCUUAAUCACCAGAGUAAUCCUUGAAGAUGUAUCUGAACUAAUGAGAAUAAAAGGCUACCUUAAAUAUGACGUGAUGCAUAAUAGCAUUUAUAGGAAAACAAAACAGGACCCCAAGCCACUUAGUUUAUUUUUUAAAAAAUCAAUUAAGGAAGGUUAUGCAUCACUCAGCAAAUUUUUCCAUAAUUUUACAGUUUACUCUUUAAAGCGACUGUGAGUUGUGUGUUGUUUAAUUGCAGCAGAUAAGAUAGAAAAUCCCUUACAAAAAGACAUGUUUUAUACUGUAAAAGCAGAGCAGUGUUAACUUUAAGAAUUAUUAACUGGUUUCGCUUUAAAACUAAUUGCUUGUUAUAGCUAAAAGGAUAUGAUGUUGAAUAGGCUGAAAAAUUGUUAGUGUGCAAAAUUCACAGGUGUCAACUUUAGUUGGGUCUUUUAGAUAACAGUUUAAAGUAAAUAGUCUUAAGGAGAUUGAGCAACAUCAUCUUGCUUGGUCUUAUAAAACACAUUACAUCUUUCUGUGUGGCACGUCUGCGUUGGGGGUGCAGGUCUGUUGGGGUGGGGUCAGGACUGUGUGGGGAGAGUACCUUGUGUGAAAAUCAGUGGGUGUGUUGGAUGAUGCGCUGGGUGUGGGAAGUUGUGUAUGGAUGUGGGGGCAGCAACCAAAACACUUUUUGGUUCUGUUUGAAAUUGAGAUACCAUGUCAGUCUAAUUACUAGUUUGUGGCCUGCAUCAUGGGACAGGAUGUUUUCCAUUGCAUUUUAUCUUGAGAAACCAUUCUGAAUUUUUAUAAAAUUUUUACAACUUCUGUUUUCAGAACUGUCCAGAAGACAUUACUGUUAACUGUAAUUUCCUUUGAUGUUUUGAUUUUGAAGGUCACUUCUUGUGCAAAUGUUUCAGGCAUAUGAUAAAGUAAAUUUUAGGUUGUCUAUUUCAUGGGUGAAAUAUAAAGCAAGCUUAAUGCUUUGGCUUGUUCAUUGAAAUACAAAAGUGAAUUUUAAUGUUUUGCAUUAACUAAAGAAAUCUGAAGAUUGAUAUUCAUAUAAGGUAAAAGAGGAAAUUGUAUGGAAAUGCUUUUGUGAAACCAGGAAGUAUUUUAAGUUAAAAGUGAAAAGUCUUUUAAUUGCUGUUUGUAUGUUUCAGUGAAGUCCCAUUUUAGAAUUAUUAUUGUUUUAUUCAUCCUCUCUUUCAUCAGCGAAUGGAUCAGUGUCCCUGGUGAAUGGGAAUAGUUUGGUGAAAACUUUGCCAAACAUAACCCUGAGGAGAGCAAGAAUUUGAUUGGGAUAUAUCUUUGAGUUCAGCUUGAAUUGUUGUGUUGUCAUUUUCAUAAGAUUUUCAUUUCCUUUGCAGAUGCAGUAGGGAGUUCGGGAUGAUGUUUAUUUCUUCUGUUACAAUGAUAUUCAGUACUAAUUUUAUAAGUGCAUCUUGUGUGAAACUCAAUAAAUUCAAUUUUAUAAUCUUUUUUAAAAAGGUCA